GCUGCGGCCCCUGCAGCUGUCAGUGUGUAAUGUCUCCUCCGCACCAGCAGGAGGCGACGGACCGCCGCGUUCCCAACGAAGAAGAGCCGGGGAAGGACAGUGAACAUGGCGGCCUCGUUGAUGCGGAUGGUCCGGGUGGGGGUUGAAAGGAGCCUCCGCCCUUCCAGGAGUUCCUUUCAGUCCAUGCAGCAGAUUCGACUGCAGAGCUCCUCUGAGACCCGCCCUACUGUCCGGGCCAAAGACCCCGUCACGCACAACCAGCUGGCAGCAUUUGGAGAGUAUGUGGCAGAAAUGAUGCCCAAGUACAUCCAGCAGGUUCAGGUGACCUGCUUCAAUGAGUUGGAGGUCAUGAUCCAUCCUGACGGCGUGAUCCCAGUGCUGACCUUCCUGAGGGACCACACCAACGCCCAGUUCAGGAACAUGGUGGACCUGACGGCCGUGGACAUCCCCACUCGACAGAACCGCUUUGAGAUCGUCUAUAACCUGCUGUCGCUGCGCUACAACUCGCGUGUCCGUGUGAAGACGUACACAGACGAACUGACGCCGGUGGACUCGGCAGUCCCCGUCCACAUGGCGGCCAACUGGUACGAGCGAGAGGUCUGGGACAUGUUUGGGGUGUUCUUUGCCAACCAUCCCGACCUGAGACGCAUUCUGACCGACUACGGCUUCGAAGGUCACCCCUUCAGGAAGGACUUCCCCCUGUCCGGAUAUGUGGAGGUGCGUUACGAUGACGAGCUGAAGCGUGUGGUGGCAGAGCCCGUGGAGCUCGCUCAAGAGUUCAGGAAGUUUGACUUGAACACACCCUGGGAGGUGUUCCCCGCCUACCGAGAGCCCAAAGAGCCAGCGCCCAAACUGGAGGCCGGAGACUCAGCCCCUGACAAGAAGUGAACAGGCCCUCAUGUUUGUCGUACUCUGGUUUCCCCACAUAACGUAUUUCUGUAAAUAAAGAUGAAGUGUUAGCCUGAAGGUU